AUGCCUCCGCCUUUGAGGAAUCUGAAGUGCUUCUCUCCGGUGAUGUGCCAAUGUAAGCUCAUAUGUAGCAACCGAACUCUGUCGCUCAUGUUCGGCUGUAAGAAAUACCGGUAUCAGGAUGAGGAGACGCCCCCGUUGGAGCAUAGCCCUGCUCACCUGGCUCAUGGGAAGAGCGCUGAGAUGCUGCACAUGAGUGAUAAAAACCUGGCCACUGUCGACAGCAUGCACGGCUACGCCCCACACACACACAUCUCACCUGUCAAGGCAAAUUCCCCUCCAGUGGUUGUCAACACGGAUACAUUAGAUGGCUCGCCCUAUGUUAAUGGAACAGAAGGGGAGAUAGAGUAUGAGGAGAUCACUCUGGAGAGAGGUAACUCUGGUCUGGGGUUCAGUAUUGCUGGGGGGACUGAUAACCCUCAUGUUGGAGAUGAUCCAAGUAUCUUCAUCACCAAAAUCAUACCUGGAGGAGCAGCUGCACAGGACGGCAGACUAAGAGUGAAUGACAGUAUUCUGUUUGUGAAUGAUGUGGACGUGAGGGAGGUGACACACAGUCAGGCAGUGGAAGCCCUGAAAGAGGCCGGGGCCAUCGUCAGACUCUACGUUCUACGCAGAAAGCCUGUCGCCGAGAAAGUCACAGAGAUCAAACUCAUCAAAGGCCCAAAAGGUCUGGGUUUUAGUAUAGCAGGGGGUGUAGGAAAUCAGCACAUCCCAGGAGACAACAGCAUCUAUGUCACUAAGAUUAUAGAAGGAGGUGCUGCACACAAAGAUGGAAGACUACAGAUUGGGGAUAAGAUACUGGCAGUGAAUAAUGUGUGUCUGGAGGACGUGAUGCAUGAGGACGCAGUGGGAGCCCUGAAGAACACGGCCGAGGUCGUCUACCUGAGAGUGGCCAAACCCAACAACCUCUAUCUGACUAACAGCUACAACCCACCAGACCUCACCAGCACGUAUUCCUCCCAUAUGGACACAGAUCUCAGCCACCCAAACUACCUGGGCUCUGAUUAUCCACAAGCCCUCACACCCACCUCACCCAGCCGCUUCUCACCUGUGCUGCACGGCAUGAUGGGAGACGAGGACCUGACCAGAGAGCCCAGGCGAGUGGUGGUCCACCGUGGCUCUACGGGUCUGGGUUUUAAUAUAGUUGGAGGAGAGGAUGGUGAGGGGAUCUUCAUCUCUUUCAUUCUGGCUGGAGGACCCGCAGACCUGAGCGGAGAACUACGCAAAGGAGACCAGAUACUGAGUGUGAAUGGGGUUGAUCUGCGUGUGGCGACACAUGAACAAGCAGCCGCGGCUCUGAAGAACGCUGGACAAACAGUCACCAUCAUCGCUCAAUACCGACCAGAGGAGUAUAGUCGUUUCGAGGCAAAGAUUCACGAUCUGAGAGAACAGCUAAUGAACAGCAGUAUGGGCUCAGGUACCACCACACUGAGGAGUAACCCAAAGAGAGGCUUUUACAUCAGGGCUUUGUUUGACUAUGAUAAGACAGCAGACUGUGGCUUCCUGAGUCAGGCCAUCAGUUUUAAGUUUGGAGACGUGCUGCACGUGCUGGACUGUGGAGAUGAGGAGUGGUGGCAGGUCAGACGAGUCAGUCCUCAGGGAGAGGCAGAGGAGAUCGGCUUCAUCCCAAGCAAACGCAGAGUGGAGAGGAAAGAGUGGACGCGGCUGAAGUCAAAAGACAGAGUAGACAGCAUUGGGUCACAAGGAAGAGAAGAGGUCACGCACAGCUAUGAGACAGUAACACAAAUAGAAGUACACUACGCGAGGCCUAUCAUUAUUUUGGGUCCAGUGAAGGACAGAGUGAACGAUGACCUGCUGUCAGAGUUUCCAGACAAGUUCGGCUCCUGUGUGCCCCAUACGACACGACCAAAGCGGGACUAUGAGGUGGAUGGGCGGGACUACCACUUUGUGUCGUCACGGGAACAGAUGGAGAAGGACAUCCAGAGUCAUCGCUUCAUUGAGGCUGGACAAUACAACAGUCACCUGUACGGCACCAGUGUACAGAGCGUCCGGGAGGUGGCCGAACAGGGGAAACACUGUAUUCUGGAUGUGUCAGCGAAUGCCGUGCGUCGGCUGCAGGCGGCUCAGCUCCACCCAAUCGCCAUCUUCGUGCGACCCAAGUCCCUGGAGAACGUCCUAGAGAUAAACACACGUCUGACAGAGGAGCAGGCACGGAAAGGAAUGGAUCGCGCCGUUAAACUAGAGCAAGACUUUCUGGAGUGUUUCUCUGCCGUUGUGGAGGGGGAUAGUUUUGAGGAGGUGUAUCACAAGGUGAAGACAGUGAUUGAGGAGCAGUCAGGGCCUUACAUCUGGAUCCCAACCAGGGAGCGUCUGUGA